AUGGCAACCCAUCUGGCGGCGGAUUGGCGUACGGACAGCACGGCGUUGACAGAGACUAAUGCCAUGCUAAUCUACAUCCCCGUGGGCGUCUUCCUGGUCAUCUGUCCCUUGGUCGUCGGAACUCGAAUCUGGUCGCGGGUAGUUAACGGGGGAAGGCUUGGUAUAGAUGACUAUACUAUCCUUGUGUCACUUGCCUUUGCACUGGCAUCGGACGGGAUAAUGCUCGCCGCAUGUCGUUACGGUUAUGGCAGACACGUUAUAAGUCUGUCCACAUCGGACAGAUUUGAGGCGUUCAAAUAUUUCUACCUAUGCCAGGUCACCUACAAAGCGUGCAUCAACUUAACGAAAGCAUCCAUCCUACUACUGUACCUCAGGAUAUUUAGCGGCGUAUUGUGGUUUAGGUGGAUGUGCCGUUUCGUACUUACGUGCGUUAUUAUGUACUGCAUCGCAUCGGUAACGGCAACAAUAUUCCAGUGUACGCCGAUCACCAAGGCGUUCGACAAGUCGAUCGAGGGGUCCUGCAUAGAUAACGGCCAUUUCUGGUACGCCAAUGCUGGCUUCUCUAUCACGACCGACGUUCUUAUCCUCAUCCUCCCGAUACCUCUAGUCUACGUGUUGCGAAUCCCCAACGUUCAAAAAGUAGCUUUGAUAAUGGUAUUCGCUCUGGGCGUCUUUGUUGUCAUCACCUCGUGCCUUAGGGUCACGACGAUUGAUAUCCAAGCUACCACACCAGACCAGACCUACGACGUAGCCUCGACCAUGUGGACGGUCAUCGAAAUGAACGUAGCAAUCGUAUGCGCCUGCCUUCCGCAGAUCCGACCUCUGAUUGUUAAGAUGUUCCCGAAAUUGAUGCCCACCUAUCGUUCCGGCUCACAUGAGCAGUCAUACGAGGGGGCCAGAAAGCAGUCAACGCACAUGGAAGACGAUGAGAGAGCCUUUCCAAGGUUCGAUGGAGGGAGAAGGGGGCAUGCCGACUGUGUCGACAAUAAAGAGGUUAGGGCUAUACGGAAUAGCAUAAGUUGGCCGAAUAUUCGCAAGGGUGGUACUAGUUCCGAGGAACAUAUGCUGCAAGACGACUUGGCACUCCGAAUCCACAAGACAGUGCAAUAUAGUGUUGAGUAUUCGGCGGAGAAGGAGGUAACAUCAAGAUGA